GGCUAUUAUAGAAUAUAGAUAAUAUUACAAUCACAAUAAUACAUAAUAAUAUUAUCCUUAUUUAUCCAUACACAUUAUUAAUAUCAAAUGGUCAAUACUAAAUUAAUAGUAAUAGAAAAGGUACAACCAUGACCGUGUAUUAGAUUAUUACGAUUAUUAGAAUUUCGUUUUAUAAUUUUAAUGUUUGUUGUGAGCUUAAAGAAAAAUGUCGAGCAUUUACGCCGAGAAGAAACCAAGCGAUCGGUCCAGAUGGAUAUGCAUAUACCCAGCGUAUUUGAAUAAUAAAAAAACGUUGGCCGAGGGACGUAUUGUACCGAAAAAAUUUGCAGUGGAAAAUCCAACUUACCAAGAGAUUCUCGAAGUGGUCAAGGCAUCUGGUUUCAAUGCCGAAGUUGAAAACAAGCAGUAUUCCCGUGAAUGUAGCAAGGAAUGGCACUUCCGUGGUCGGAUACGGGUACAACUUAAGAAUGAUGACGGAACACCUUUCAACCAAACGUUUCCUUCGAGAGAGAGUUUGAUGAAACAUUGUGGAGUACAAAUACCAAAACUAAAAAGUCGUGCUAUGAAAGUACCUGGCCCUGAGCAACAAAACAAAAAUGAACCAAGUGGAAGCAAAAAGAAAAAAGGCCGUAAAUAGAAUACCACCAAGGAAUCUUAAGCUCUAAUGUAAUAUUUUAUUUUGUCGUACUUUUAUGAUGAAAUAAGUUGUGCAAAUUUAUUAUAAUAAAUACAAUGUUAAACUUGA